GUUAUAUUAACUGCCGUGCUCGCGGUCAGUGAAGCAGCAAAUAUUGAAAAAAGGUACAUUAGUCUGUUUAACACGAGAAAAUCUGGUGGUUUAUUCUCCCCAUUGGGUUCGAUUGGCAUCGAAUCACCUGCUGUUCCAUCCGGAGGCUACACAAAUGACGACCUAGGGGUUGUUGUAGAUGCGGUAGCACCUGGCACAAGAACUUCUGGUGUAGAGCCUACAGGUCUUGGUGGUCCCAGAACUUCCUACGGAUCAUUAGACUCUAAAGUCGGCGAUGCAGCGUUUGAGGUCGGAGGAAUCAGUUCAUCAGGAUCAGUUGAAGAAUAUGAACAUGAUAAAAUUCAUGCUCAAAAGUUUGCUCAUAAUGUAGGACUUAGUACCAAAGGAGGUGCUAGUGAAAUCGCUUCUGCCUUUGGUUCAAGUAAACAAGUAGAAACAGAAUUACCGAGCUUUGGUCUCGGUUCAAUAGGCUCUAAAGACGAAGAUGCAUCAAUUGCUGAUGCAAGUUUAAAAGUUAGUGCCGCUGGUGUCGAUUCUCUGUUUGGCUCUGGUAUAGGUCAAAAAGACAAUGUGGAACUGCCUGGCAUUGGCGUCUUACCAAAAGUUAGUUCUUCAGUAGUAGGAGUAGAAGGAUAUAAAAAUGAUAAAUCUCAUGAACAAAAAUUUGAAUUAGAAGGUGGCAUAGCUACCCAUCCACAUGUUGAAACUUUGACGUCUCAGAAGCAAAAUGCCAAAGAAGAAUCUGUCAGCCACGUUCUCGAUGGCUCGUACAACGUUCAAAAUAACAAUGACAAGAGUGAUAAUGCAAAGUGCAAUGGUGAAGAGAAGACAAACCUAUCUAUAAACAGUGGCGAUUCAAUACUUAAACCUAAUUUAGUAGGUCAGGGAUCCACUGUUGUCCAAGGUUCCAUUGGAAAUGGUCAAAGCAUAUCUACGGCAGGACAAUCAAUUGAAAAUAAAUUUGAUGGUUUUGGUUUAAACGGUCAAACUGAAACACUAAACACACCGGAAUUUCUAUACGAUGUGGGUAAGAUUGGUGUAACAGGGGGUUUUCAGACUGCCGGUUCUUAUGGAGUAAAUCAAGAGAAAACGCAACAUUUUGGAAUCCACGCAGAGAAACAUGGUGAAUCUAAUGUCGUCAAUCAUCAAUCCUCAGUUUCUACCUCUGCCUCAACAUCUUCAGUUGGAACACCAAAUCCAGGCCAACAAGUACCCGGUUCCACAAAGUGCAGCGACGGCAGCAGUGCUACUUUUGGAUCUGGUAUCACCAAUGCAUUUAAUACAGAAAAAAGUAGCGAGCUCGCCAGUUUUAUAGGAAAAGGCGAAACUUUCGGAGGACCCAGAGAUCCUCCUAGUUUUGAUAUUAAAGCUGGAUAUCAUUAUUGA